ACGCCAUUAACUGCGUCUAAUCAUCAUUCCACUACGGCCGAUCGAUCAAUGAUUCGUUUCUUUCUUCUAUUAAAGAAGCUAUCUUCGAUAUUUUUUAAUUUGAUUUCGGUCCUUAUGUCGAUUAUUAUUUGAACGUCGAUUCUUUCUCUCGUAUUGCCAUCUAUCGAGUCUGAGACAUAAACUGUAUGAAUCUGUGCGUGAGUGAGACGCUGAAUGGUGAAAAGAAUUUCUACGAGUGAUCGAUCAGAAUCGUGCACAUAGGUGCGCUAUGCCCAAUAUGUGGCGUUUCCGCUCGCUAGUCUAAACUCCUGUCAUUUCUGUCUAUUGUAUUUACCGUAAUCUCAAUCUCGAUCUCAUUGCCAUAAGCCAAACGAAUUUUUGCCGUUCACUUCGGCUCAAACUUACGUAGAAAAUCACUUACGUGAUAAAGGCAGCACGACACAAUGGUGAAAUAUUAUGAACACAUUAUGGUUUUUCAAUUCGAUUGGACCCAAGUCGCACGAGGUUUCUUUCAACGAUAUCCGAAUCCUCACAGUGCACAUGUCCUUAGUGAAGAUACAAUAUCGAGGGAAGUCAGAAAUGGAAAGCUCUAUUCCAAACGGUUGCUAACGAAAACUAACAGGGUGCCAAAAUGGGGAGAAAGAUUCAUUAGUAAAAAUAUUGUCAAGAUUGUGGAGGAGAGUAUUGUUGAUCCAGAAACAAGAACCUUAACUACUUACACAAGGAACUUAGGAUAUACCAAAGUUAUGAGUAUUGUUGAGAAAGUAGUUUAUCAGAUCUCUGAAGAAAAUCCAGAAUGGACAGUUGCCAAGAGGUCAGCAUGGAUUGACAGUCAGGUCUUUGGAUUCAGCCGAGCGAUUCAAGCUUUUGGAUUGGAUCGAUUUAAAAAGAACUGUUCUAAAAUGUCGGAAGGCUUUAAUUAUGUUCUUACAAAUAUGUUUCCUCAGAGAGCUCAGUUUAUAAAUCCCCAACUUUCUCAGACAAGUUUUUCCAUGCAAGCUGGCCAUAGCACCACAGAUGAUGGCAUUACUCAAGCAAAACCAAGUCUUGCAGAGGAUUUCCAACAUUCUUUGCAAGGUAGAGCAGAGAAGGUAAAAGAUGCUGCUAAAAAAGCUACAGAUUUGGCGAAACAAAAGGCAGGGCCCAUAUAUGCAGCUUAUCAGUCAAAUCAGUCAUAAACUUGGUGUGUCUCCAUGUAGGCAAUGACUGUGGUUUAUUGGUAUGAGUAAUGCCAUUUAAAUGUCUACUAAUAACAUGGGUAUUAUUGUAAUGUAUCUUAGACUGUAUCAAGGUAAAACUUUGAAGAUUAAUUUGAUAAUGGACGGAUUAGUCAGUGAGUUGAAUGUGAGAUAAAUAUAGAGUCAGGAGGUCGUUUGAUAAACAACUGAAAGUUGAGGUGUAAGAUUUACUGCGAUUCGCUGAGAUUGAUAGAUUUGCAAGCAGAAUGUAAUACAUGCGUAAUAUUCUUGAAAAAUCGCGACGGAUCUAUGUCUCGUAUGUUAUCAUUCCUUUUAACUGCCAGAUCGCUAAUAGUGCUGUCAAAUGUGAUUUAUGCAAACUAGAAUGCGCAUUAAAUUACUUAUUUUUUAUGUGCAAGACGGUAUUUUCUAGCUUUUUAAUCAUUUCCGCGCAAUAUUUCUUUUCAUAAGAUAAACAAGAGAGGCAUUACAUGUAUUACAUGUAUUUACAAACACAUAUGCAGUGUUGUAUUCAUGUCGAUCAUUGUUCGUAUUCAUAUGGCAAUUAACAAUUGCAAAGGAUUAAGCAUUUUACAGUUGUUAAAGAAAUUUUUUAGUCACAUAUAUACAGACAAAUUCAGAAGAAUAUAAUUUCCACUGUAAAUUAUUCUGUUAUUAAUGCAUUAUUUUUUCUUAAUACAUCCCACCGAUACAAAUAACGUGUCGAUUAAAACGCCAGAAAACCUGAUUAUGUCAACGCAUAUCUUAGAUGUCACAAUCUAAAUUUGAUCUUAAUCGUGCAUAUUACGUGCGUGUAGAAUCGUCUGUAUAAACUAAUCGACAAUGUCCCACUUGUGUUGUAAAUAAUCAAAACAAACAUUAAAAUGUCGAGCGGAAUUUUGUCACUAUUCCUAAUAGGAUCAAAGAAGAAAUAAUUUUUAAUUUUAAUUUUAGAUGAACUAUCUUGUAUUUAAGGUUUUUUUUUUUUUUUUUACAGUGCCGUAUAAUAUCGUACCUAUUUUUGAUGUUUAGUUUAAAUUAGCACAAUUGUGAAAGUGCUUUUAACGGUUUAAAAGAUUGUUGCACAAAAUGUGUAUCCUAAGACGUUCCUCAAUUUUUAAGUUGUUUCAAUGAGUGAACGAUCAAAACUUUAAUUGUAUGUCGCAUAUUCUAUCGUCAGUCAAAUUAAAUGUUUAUAUAUUUGUUUCGAGAAUGAAUCAAUAAUAUUUGUUAUUAUACAAUAUCGUGUUAAAUUCAGUCUAGUUUCAUGGCAAAUAAUAAUGUUUUGAAGCUUCAGAAACGUCAGAAAGAAUAACAAUAUAUAUUUUACAAAUACACCGGUGAAACUAGCCACUAUUCUCCAUGUGUUUGCAUAUAUAUACAUAUAUGUAUUUAUAUGUACUUUUAUGUACGUAUUAUACAAGGUAAAAAAAGAAAAGUCGGUAAUUAUGUAUAUAUAGAGAAAAGAAUUUGAGUUGUAACAUAAUAUAUAUGAUACGUUCUACGAUGAUAGCUUUAAGAUUAAUAUGCAGCAUAGCUAUAUGUAUAUAGUAUCAGUUUUUUAAAGUUACAUGUACACUACUUCGUCCACAUAGAUGCGUAUAUAAAUGUUAAGUAAAAAAUUUCAUAUGACAGUAACAUAUGUUUCGAAGGUGAAAUCUUAUCCGAAAUCCAUAUACAGAGCGCCCCCAUGGUUUAUGAUCUUAACUCGAACAUCGUGCUCCUGACCUCAAAAGAAGGUGAAAGACCAAGUGUUUAUUAAGUAACUUCGUUCGCGCAUGUACGACGAUGACGACAUUUAUAUAUAUAUAUAUAUAUAUAUAUAUAUAGAAAGAUCGCUAUACGCAAUACGGAUAUCCCCGCCAGUUGCAAGCGAUUGGGGAUGCCCAUAUAUUUUUCCAUAUUAAUAUCGUUUUCAAUGAUGCAAGAUGAUACUCAGGAGCGUAUAUAUAUAUAUAUAUUUUACCGUAUCUUGUUACAUUUCAUCGCGAUAUAUCUUUGUUAUUAAGCGCAUCGCAGAAAAGGGUUGGGUAAUGUUAAAUUAUGUACGGAGAGAUUUCUGUUUAGACGAUAUAAUUUAUAAGUAGUUAUAAUAAACUAUCCAUUAAAUAA